CAAUGAGAGUGGCUCAUGAACUGGAGGUUCAGGAUAGCAUUCGGAGAGGCAUCGACUGAGCCACAACUUGGGCUUUGGGCUUCGCACUGUCUUCGUGUUGCUGCACUUCAACACUGUCAAAUUGAGCCUUCACUUGUGGCCCUCUUCCACUUCCUUCUGCUUGCGGUGGUCAGAGCUUCGGAGUUGGAGACGACAGUGCUCGUAGGGGAAAGCUCAUUCUCUCGCGCCCACUCGGAAGAGAGAGACAGUCUUUUUACAUUCAGGCACAGAGUGGACUUUGUGAAUGCACCAAGGGGUUUUAAACACUGCUGCUACUACUGCCACCGUCUGUUAAGCUUUGCUUCUAUUCUACUUCUUCCGCUGUGUGGUAGCAGCAGCAGCAGCAGCAGGAGCAGCAGAAGUGGAUACGACGGUUCUGUAAGAGGGGGGAGCAAAUUGCUGCGUGCGCACCUUGAGAGCCAGGUGAGAAGCUUUGUCACGCCAUACUAUAGGAAGCUGUGGUCUCUCGCCUUCCACUCCAACUCCUGGAUGGCGUACAUUGCUCUCCCCACGAGGGACAGCACUCUUCUUCGCCUGGCCAAUGCUGCGCCAAGGCUUCCCCGCAGCGCCAGUGCCACAGUGCAGUCCACCUGCUCUUUGAAGGAUGUUUCAUCCAUGAGGCCCUUGAAGGUUCAGCCUUCCAGCCUCUUUGUCUCAAGGACUUUCUCCAGGUACUCUACAAGAGGUCAGACAGUUUUUGCCUCCAUGGAAGGCAAUGUCACAGUGGAGGAACCUGCUGUCGACACCACUGCCGAGGAGCCUGCAGCUGACAACACCUCCGUAGCCUCUGAUGCUGCCGAACAAGCAGAGGCCUCGGAAACUCCCAAGAGAUUCCAACGGAGCAAGAGCUCUAGGGCUGCAAAGACCCUCACCGUCCAGAAGGACCAGAUUGUUGCGGGAGCUGUCUUCACUGGCAAAGUUCGAUCUGUGCAAUCGUAUGGUGCAUUCGUUGACAUUGGCGCAUUCACCGACGGAUUGGUGCACAUCUCCGAACUUGCGCCAAAGUUUGUUAAGGAGGUCACCGACGUGGUGUCAAUCGGACAGGAGGUGACGGUGAGAGUGCUGGAGCUGAAUGAGAAAGCCGGGCGGAUCGCACUGACGAUGCGGGACAGAGAGAACGAAGAGGAAGAGCAGUCGUCUCGACCCGGAAGCGAGUCGAGUGCAGGAUCGGGAUCAGGCGGAGAGGAGAGCGGGAGGCCAGUGAACCGGGGCAAGAUCGCGGGAAGGGGAAGCGGAGGGUCGAGGUCGAACUCAAGGGCGAGUGAGCCAAAGACGAAGCUGAAGAAGGGUGAAGAGCUGAAGGGGACGGUGAAGAACAUCAUCCGGAACGGUGCAUUCAUAGAGUUUGCGGAACAAGGAGAGGAGGCGUUUUUGAGAGGGUCGGAGGUAACGGAGGGAGGAGAGAAUGUGCCUAUGGAGAACCUGUUGACGGUGGGACAGGAGGUGACAGUGCGGGUACUGAAGGUGGAGAGAGGGAAGGCAUAUCUGACGAUGAAGCCACAAGUGGACAUGACAUCGGUGAACCAGUCGAUCAACUCCGGUGUUGUGGGAAGCGCGGCCAAUCCUUUCGCCACAUUUUUCCGUAGUGUUAACUUGGUCCCGGAAACCUUUGCAUCUGUAGAUGCACAGGAGGAAGCACCUGCUGUGGAAGAAACUGCAGGUGUUAAGGAAACAUCCGCAGUUGUUGAAACACCUCAAGCUGAGGAAUCCCCCACUGAAGAAGCACCCGUCGAAGAAGCCCCCGUCGAAGAGGCUCCUGCUGCACCAGAAGCAUCUUUUGUUCAGGAAGCUCUCGCAGUGGAAGAGACUGCUGCUGUUGAGGAAGCCCCUGUAGUUGAAGAGACUUCUGCAGUUCAGGAAACGCCUGCAGUGGAAGACACUCCUGCCGUUGAGAAAGCCCCUGCAGUCGAUCAAACCUCCGCAGUUCAGGAAGAUUCUGGAGUGGAAGAUACUCCUACCGUUGAGGAGGGAUCUAAAAAUGUUGAACCUGCUCCGGCCGUACCUGAAGCUUCUGCAGAAAGUAGUGAUGAAUCACCAGUAGUAUCUGAAUCUGAGGCUGAAGAACCUCAUUCCCUCUCACUUGCCGAGCUCGCUGAGGGGCUUGGCAGAGUUGUAGAUGAAGUUGAGAAUGUAGUUGAAGCUUCUGCGGAAAAGAUUGUGAACGUGGUUGAGGCUGCUGCAGACAUUGUGGGCACUGCUAGCGAAGCUGAAGCUGCGCCCGAGGAGCUUAAGGCAGUUGAACCCGAGGAGCCUAAGGCAGCUGCUUCUGCUGGACCAACCGCUGCACAAGUGAAGGAAUUGCGGGAGAAGAGUGGUGCUGGAAUGAUGGAAUGCAAAAAGGCUCUUGUGGCCUGCAACAAUGAUGUCGUCAAAGCCCAGGAAUUUCUGAGGAAAAAAGGUCUAGCUAGCGCUGAGAAGAAGGCUGGUCGCAUUGCUGCUGAAGGUCGCGUCGGAAGUUACGUUCACGGCGGACGCAUGGGUGUGCUAAUUGAGAUUAACUGUGAGACGGAUUUCGUCUCUCGAGGUGCUCAAUUCAAGGAGCUGGUGCAGGACAUGGGCAUGCAAGUCGUUGCCUGUCCAGCUGUUCAAUAUGUUACUGUGGAUGAUGUGCCCGCUGAUUUUGUGGAGAAGGAGAAGGAGAUUGAAAUGGGCAAAGAGGAUCUUGCCAACAAACCGGUUCAGAUUCGUGAGAAGAUUGUGGAGGGCCGGAUCGCAAAACGUUUGGCUGAACUUGCGCUUCUUGAGCAGCCUUACAUCAGAGAUGAUAAAGUUCCUGUUAAAGACCUGGUUAAGGAAAUCACUGCAAAACUUGGAGAAAAAAUUCAGAUUCGUCGUUUCGUCCGGUACAACUUGGGAGAAGGCCUUGAGAAGAAGUCCACUGACUUUGCAGCAGAGGUAGCAGCACAAACAGCAGUUAAGGAUGAUCCAGCCCCGGCUGUUGAGGCCCCAAAGGUUGAAAAGGAGGCUCCGAAGGCUGAACAGGAAGCCCCGAAGGUAGCAGUGUCGGCGUCGAAAGUGAAGGAGCUCAGGCAAAUGUCUGGAGCAGGAAUGAUGGACUGCAAAAAGGCUCUGGCAGCCUGUGACAACGACCUCGAGAAAGCCUCAGAGUACUUGAGGAAGAAGGGAUUGGCGAGUGCCGAAAAGAAGUCUGGCAGGAUUGCAUCAGAAGGUCUGAUUGGAAGCUACAUCCAUGAUGGGCGCAUUGGAGUCCUCAUCGAGGUCAAUUCUGAGACCGACUUUGUGGCCAGAAGCGACGUGUUCAAGGAUCUCGUUGCCAACAUGGGAAUGCAAGUAGCAGCUUGCCCACAAGUGGAAUACGUGUCGGUGGACGAGAUCCCGGCGUCAGUUGUUGAGAAAGAGAAGGAGAUUGAAGCUGGCAAGGAGGACUUGGCCAACAAGCCUGAGGCUAUUCGUAGCAAGAUAGUGGAAGGUCGCAUCGCCAAGACUUUGGGCGAACUGGCUCUAUUGGAGCAGCCAUUCAUCAGGGACGACAAAAUUUUGGUAAAGGACUACAUCAAGCAAACCAUCGCCACGCUGGGUGAGAACAUCCAAGUGAGGCGAUUCACCAGGUUCAACUUAGGAGAGGGUAUUGAGAAGAAGAGCACUGAUUUUGCUGCAGAGGUUGCUGCCCAAACUGGGGGCCAGGUUUGAUUUAGGUUCGAGGGGUAGUUCGUAGUGCUCGGUUUUAGACAUUCGUUCUUGGAGACUACAAUAUUAGUAGCAAUUAUUAGGCCCUUUUGGUGGCGUUAGUUCAGAACAUCGACGUACAUGUAUUGUAAAAUGUGGCGAUUUGGCAAUGAAACUUUAUCCAGUCUUUCUACGUA